GGGGUUGUGUAUGUGGCCGUGACCCGAUGGCACCUCUAAACUGGAAUUGGGCUUCAGUUUUUCCCCAUGUAAAAAUUUCUUCUUUUUUGUUUAACUUUUCUCUUGGUAGGUCCAGCAGCUUUGAAGAUCAGAGUGCAUCUUCCAGCUGACGAUCUCUCCGGUCGGGGACAAUGCAUUCGAUUCGCACGCUGGAGAUUAAAGUCCCCGAGAUAGAGGAAACGUUUUUCGCGCCCAGGUUCAGCGAAGAGCCGCGCGGGGGCCGAGGGGGCGGCGGCGGCGGGCGGGGAGCCAGGCCCGAGCUGCGUUCUGCGCAGCCAUUGGCGGGCGCCGCGCUCUGCACUGAGCAUGUUCGCGCCCCGCCGGCCCCGAGCCGCAGCCGCAGCCGCAGCGAAGGCAGCCACGGGAGCCGCCGCGCAUUAUGCAAAGCGGCGGCAGAUGCGAGCGGGGCCAGCCGGGCGCGCGUCGGCCUCCCCUCCCAGCGGCUCGCCCCGCCGCCGCCUGACUCUCCCGGGAGACUCCCUCGGCCAGGGCCCGGGGCCGAGGAGGGCCGGGAUGGCCUGAGUGCCCGCGGCGCGGCGGCGCAGCAGCGGGAUUGCACCAUGGGGAACCAGGAUGGGAAGCUGAAGAGGAGCGCAGGUGAUGCCUUGCACGAAGGCGGCGGCGGCGGCGGUGGCGCCGAGGAUGCGCUGGGGCCCAGGGAUGUGGAAGCCACAAAGAAGGGGAGCGGGGGCAAGAAGGCGCUAGGCAAGCACGGCAAGGGGGGAGGGGGCGGCGGGGAGUCGGGCAAGAAGAAGAGCAAGUCGGACUCCAGAGCCUCGGUGUUUUCCAACCUGCGGAUCAGGAAGAAUCUGUCCAAGGGGAAAGGCGCCGGCGGCUCCCGUGAAGAUGUGCUGGAUUCCCAGGCCCUGCAGACCGGGGAGCUGGACAGCGCUCACUCCCUGCUCACCAAGACUCCGGACCUCAGCCUCUCGGCGGACGAGACCGGCCUGUCGGAUACCGAGUGUGCGGACCCUUUUGAGGUGACCCGACCAGGGGGUCCUGGGCCUGCCGAGGCUAGGGUCGGGGGCCGGCCGAUCGCCGAGGAUGUGGAAACUGCAGCAGGGGCGCAGGACGGACAAAGGACCAGCUCGGGCUCGGACACGGAUAUCUAUAGCUUCCACUCGGCUACGGAGCAAGAGGAUUUGCUUUCCGACAUCCAGCAGGCGAUCCGCCUGCAGCAGCAGCAGCAGCUCCAGCUCCAGCUUCAGCAACAGCAGCAGCAGCAGCAGCUCCAGGGCGCCGAGGAGCCUGCAGCGCCCCCCACCGCCAUCUCCCCUCAGCCCGGGGCCUUCCUGGGCCUGGACCGGUUCCUGCUGGGGCCGAGCGGCGGGGCUGGGGAGGCCCCGGGCAGUCCGGACACUGAGCAGGCGCUGUCCGCGCUCUCGGACCUGCCCGAGAGCCUGGCCGCCGAGCCCCGGGAGCCCCAGCAACCGCCGUCCCCCGGCGGCCUCCCGGUCUCCGAGGCGCCCAGCCUCCCGGCAGCCCAACCCGCGGCCAAAGACUCGCCCUCCUCCACGGCUUUCCCAUUUCCCGAGGCCGGGCCGGGGGAGGAAGCGGCCGGAGCCCCCGUGCGAGGGGCUGGGGACACGGAUGAGGAGGGUGAGGAGGAUGCUUUUGAGGAUGCGCCCCGGGGCUCUCCGGGGGAGGAGUGGGCCCCGGAGGUGGGAGAGGACGCCCCGCAGAGGCUGGGGGAAGAGCUGGAGGAGGAGGCGCAAGGACUUGACGCCCCCGCGGCCACUUCCCUGCCAGGCAGCCCCGCGCCCAGCCAACGCUGUUUCAAGCCCUACCCGCUCAUCACCCCCUGCUACAUCAAGACCACCACCCGGCAGCUCAGCUCGCCCAAUCACUCCCCGUCUCAGUCCCCUAAUCAAAGCCCCAGGAUCAAGAGGCGGCCGGAGCCCUCCCUGAGCCGAGGGUCCAGAACUGCCCUGGCCUCCGUAGCCGUCCCAGCCAAGAAGCACCGGGCCGACGGCGGCCUUGCGGCCGGCCUGAGCCGCUCGGCUGACUGGACGGAGGAGCUAGGCGCCCGCACGCCCCGGGCGGGAGGCUCCGCGCACCUGCUGGAGCGCGGGGUGGCCAGUGACAGCGGCGGUGGGGUGUCCCCAGCACUGGCCACCAAGGCGUCUGGGGCGCCCGCGGCUGCAGAUGGCUUCCAGAACGUGUUCACAGGGCGAACGCUGUUGGAGAAGCUGUUCAGCCAGCAGGAGAACGGGCCUCCAGAAGAAGCUGAGAAGUUUUGCUCGCGGAUCAUUGCCAUGGGUCUUCUCCUUCCUUUUAGUGAUUGCUUCAGGGAACCGUGUAAUCAGAAUGCCCAGACCAAUGCAGCUUCAUUUGAUCAAGAUCAACUUUAUACCUGGGCGGCAGUUAGUCAACCCACACACUCGUUGGACUAUUCAGAAGGGCAGUUUCCUAGGCGAGUCCCAUCCAUGGGGCCACCAUCCAAACCUCCCGAUGAGGAACAUAGGCUCGAGGAUGCUGAAACAGAAUCUCAAUCUGCUGUUUCAGAAACUCCCAAAAAAUGCUUGGAUGCUGUCCAGAAGGAAGUUGUUGACAUGAAGUCUGAGGGACAGGCCACUGUAAUUCAGCAGCUGGAACAGACUAUUGAGGAUCUGAGAACCAAAAUAGCUGAACUAGAGAGGCAGUAUCCUGCCCUGGACACAGAGGUGGCCUGUGGUCGUCAAGGGCUUGAGAAUGGAGUCACAGCCUCAGGCGAUGUCUGUCUCGAAGCUCUCAGGUUGGAAGAAAAGGAAGUACGACAUCAAAGGAUUUUAGAGGCGAAAUCGAUACAGACUUCCCCGACAGAAGAGGGCGGGGUACUGACACUGCCUCCUGUGGAUGCGCUGCCAGGGCGUCCUCCAUGCCCCCCUGGGGCUGAAAGUGGACCUCAGACAAAGUUCUGUUCAGAGAUUUCUUUGAUUGUGUCUCCAAGGCGAAUAUCAGUCCAGCUCGACAGCCAUCAGUCCACACAGAGCAUCUCACAGCCUCCACCACCUCCAUCCCUUCUAUGGUCUGCUGGUCAAGGACAGCCUGGGUCACAGCCGCCGCAUUCUUCUCUUUCUACCGAGUUUGAAACCAGCCAUGAACACUCUGUUUCCUCCGCCUUUAAAAACAGCUGUAACAUCCCAUCUCCACCACCUCUGCCUUGCACAGAGUCCUCCAGCUCCACGCCUGGCCUGGGCAUGGUGCCUCCCCCACCUCCCCCUCUCCCUGGCAUGACAGUGCCUACUCUGCCCAGUACAGCCAUUCCCCAACCUCCUCCUCUGCCGGGUACAGAAAUGCUGCCACCCCCUCCCCCUCCUCUUCCUGGAGCGGGCAUACCCCCUCCGCCCCCACUUCCUGGAGCGGGAAUACCCCCUCCGCCCCCACUUCCUGGAGCGGGAAUACCCCCUCCGCCCCCACUUCCUGGAGCGGGAAUACCCCCUCCGCCCCCUCUACCCACAGUGGGAAUACCUCCUCCGCCGCCUCUACCUGGAGCGGGGAUACCCCCUCCGCCCCCACUACCCGGAGCGGGCAUACCCCCUCCGCCCCCUCUACCCGGGGCAGGCAUACCCCCUCCACCCCCUCUACCCGGGGCGGGCAUACCCCCUCCGCCCCCACUUCCCGGAGCGGGCAUACCCCCUCCGCCCCCUCUACCUGGAGUGGGAAUACCCCCUCCGCCCUCUCUACCCACAGUGGGAAUACCUCCUCCGCCGCCUCUACCCGGAGCGGGGAUACCCCCUCCGCCCCUACUACCCGGAGCGGGCAUACCCCCUCCACCCCCACUUCCUGGGGCGGGCAUACCUCCUCCGCCCCCACUACCCGGAGUGGGGAUACCCCCUCCGCCCCCUCUACCUGGAGUGGGAAUACCUCCUCCGCCCCCACUUCCCGGAGUGGGCAUACCCCCUCCACCCCCUCUACCCGGAGCGGGCAUACCCCCUCCGCCCCCACUUCCCGGAGCGGGCAUACCCCCUCCGCCCCCUCUACCCGGGGGGAUACCCCCUCCGCCCCCUCUACCCGGAGUGGGGAUACCCCCUCCACCCCCUCUUCCCGGAGCAGGGAUACCCCCUCCGCCCCCUCUACCUGGAGUGGGAAUACCUCCUCCGCCCCCUCUACCUGGUGCUGGGAUUCCCCCACCUCCUCCCUUGCCAGGUAUGGGGAUUCCACCUGCUCCAGCUCCCCCACUCCCUCCACCUGGGACAGGAAUCCCACCGCCCCCUCUGCUCCCUGCAUCAGGCCCUCCACUCCUCCCACAAGUUGGGAGUAGCACUUUACCAACCCCACAGGUGUGUGGAUUUCUUCCUCCUCCAUUGCCAAGUGGCUUGUUUGGAUUAGGGAUGAAUCAGGACAAAGGGAGUAGGAAGCAGCCCAUAGAGCCUUGUCGACCAAUGAAGCCUCUUUACUGGACCAGGAUUCAACUACAUAGUAAAAGAGACUCCAGUACUUCACUUAUUUGGGAAAAAAUUGAAGAGCCAUCCAUAGAUUGUCAUGAAUUUGAGGAAUUAUUUUCUAAAAGUGCUGUAAAGGAGAGAAAGAAACCUAUCUCUGAUACUAUCUCAAAGACGAAGGCUAAACAAGUUGUCAAGUUAUUAAGCAACAAAAGAUCACAAGCAGUUGGAAUACUAAUGUCUAGUCUUCAUUUAGAUAUGAAAGACAUACAACAUGCUGUUGUGAACUUGGAUAAUUCUGUGGUUGACCUGGAGACCCUUCAAGCUCUCUAUGAGAAUAGAGCACAGUCAGACGAACUCGAAAAAAUAGAAAAGCACGGCCGAUCUUCCAAAGACAAGGAAAAUGCCAAGUCCCUGGACAAACCUGAACAGUUCCUUUAUGAACUGUCACUAAUCCCCAACUUUUCAGAGCGAGUCUUUUGCAUCCUGUUCCAGUCCACAUUUUCAGAAAGCAUUUGCUCAAUUCGUCGCAAACUGGAAUUACUACAGAAAUUGUGUGAGACAUUAAAAAAUGGCCCAGGGGUUAUGCAGGUUCUAGGUUUGGUUCUUGCCUUUGGCAACUACAUGAAUGGAGGAAAUAAGACUCGAGGACAGGCCGAUGGCUUUGGGUUAGACAUUCUUCCAAAACUGAAAGAUGUCAAGAGCAGUGACAAUAGCAGAAGCCUUUUGUCAUAUAUUGUUUCGUAUUAUCUCCGAAAUUUUGAUGAGGAUGCUGGAAAAGAACAGUGCCUCUUUCCACUGCCAGAACCCCAGGACCUUUUUCAGGCCUCACAGAUGAAGUUUGAAGAUUUUCAAAAAGAUCUCAGAAAACUGAAGAAAGACUUGAAAGCCUGUGAAGUUGAAGCGGGGAAAGUAUACCAGGUCUCCUCAAAAGAGCAUAUGCAGCCUUUCAAAGAAAACAUGGAACAAUUUAUUAUUCAAGCCAAAAUUGACCAAGAGGCAGAGGAAAAUUCACUGACAGAGACUCAUAAAUGCUUUUUGGAGACCACGGCAUAUUUCUUCAUGAAACCAAAACUUGGAGAGAAGGAGGUGUCCCCAAAUGCUUUCUUCAGUAUCUGGCAUGAAUUCAGCUCUGACUUUAAAGACUUCUGGAAGAAAGAGAACAAACUUCUUCUACAAGAGAGAGUAAAAGAAGCCGAAGAGGUUUGUAGACAGAAGAAGGGAAAAUCACUUUAUAAAAUAAAACCAAGACAUGACUCUGGAAUUAAAGCAAAGAUAAGCAUGAAAACUUGAACAAGGAAAAGCAGAAUGAAAAUGAGUCAUUGCAACGACUUUCACAAAAUUCAGCUGACCUGAGGGUGGGAGGGAAACUACCGUCAUUCUGCUCAUGUUUCUUCUUCACCUCUUGCAUAAUCUUUUUGUUUUCUAGACAGUUCACUAAUUGUUGAAUUUUACUGUAUAUUCAUAUAAAAAUGCAAAAGUACUAGACCAGUGGAGAAUUUGACACCUUUUCUUUUUGUAAAAGUUUAUGGUAUUAUACCGAUAGACCAAAACAGCAUGUAUAAGAGGCAGUAUCUGCACUAAUUCUGAACAUGCUAAACAUUAACUAAAAUUCACUGUUGUGAGAAUAUUCCUCGUCACAGCAAAAACACUUUCCUUUCUACUGACAACCAGUACUCCACAUCACAGCAUUUAGACAUAUGGGUAAAAUGUUAUUUCUAGUGAAUUGUUUGUAUCAGUUUCAUGUCUAAGUAUAAAUUUUCUAUUUUAAAAUUUAAGAACCAUUUAUAAUCAGUGCUUUCCCAACUCUUGGGUUGCUCUCCAUAACUAUAUAUUUGUGAAAGAAGAUGGUCAUUUUUUUUUUACUGAAGUCAUAUAAUGACUUGAGUCAGCUCAUAAUGCAUUGUGAUGAUUUUGUAUGAGCUAGGUUUUUUUGUUUCCAUUACUUUUAAUGAUCUUCAUUGCAAGUUAUAGUUGUGGAUAAAGGGGAGAAUUUAUUGCUCUUGCAAACCAAUUAUGGAAAGCAACUUAAGAAAAACAAUGUUCUAAAUCAUAAUUGUUUGUAUUUAUGUAAAGUAUGGUCUCUUACUUUUUAGUUUGUAGUUUAAGUGCAAAGAAACAGUAGUGGGUUUUUUUCUAUUGUUUUGUAGUCUUCCUGUCCCCUUCAGUCCCUCCAGUGUGUAUAUUACCAUUCUCCAAUGAAAUAAUAGGGCAUUUAACAAAGAUCGCUAUGUGCAAUACUGUAUUUAGUGUUUCUAUUUCAAUUUUUCUAGGAUGUUAAUUUAUAUGAAAAUAAAAUGAAUAAUAAAAGAAUAAAGAUACUUGCAAAA